AUGUCUCCUAUCAAAUGGCGAUUCGUGCGGCAAUGGAGCUUAGAGACUCCAUUUUCGAGAGUACAGCCCAUCGGCUGUCUUAAGUCAUAUGUGAACGGAAUGUGGGACCUACACCAUCACCUUCUCAGUAGGCUGGAUUCCCUUGUUAUUCUCUCAUCUUUUGCCAGUGUGGCUAGCUCUCCGGGUCAGUCCAACUAUACGGCCGGAAACACCUUCCAUGACGAGCUGGCCAAAUACCGACUCAGGCAGAGAGAAAAUGCAGUAUCCCUGGACUUCACUUCUCGAUACCAUAUUCUUGUUUCUCAAGAAAAGCCUUUGACAUUCCUCCACUCCUACCACCAUGGAGCGACUGCCAUCCUGUUCCACCUUGUCACCUACAGCAAGGACGGCAAGCCUCCCAGCACCCGCCGAACCCUCCGACACAUGUUCCAAGCAGAGGUAAACCCCAAGGCGACGGGCAUCCAGACCGUCAAUGCCUCGGUUCGAGCCCGAAAACUUCAGGUGUAA